AUGGUGGAUCGGUGGAGUAGGUUAGGCACAGGAGACACCGUGCAUCUCUGGGAGUUACGACCACCAUCUGAAAAAAAUUUGGUUACAGUUGGUGAUGGUGCAUGUGGGAAGACAUGUUUGUCUAUUGUAUUUAGCAAAGACCAAUUCGCUGAAGUUUAUGUGCCCACAGUAUUUGAAAAUUAUGUAGCAGAUAUUGAAGUGGAUGGAAAACAGGUGGAGUUGGCUUUGUGGGACACAGCUGGUCAAGGUUAUGAUCACCUUAGACUGCUUUCCUACCCAGAUACUGGUGUUAUGUGUUUUUCCUGUUACCCUGUUAGUGUAGGAAACAUCCCAGAGAAAUGGACCCCAGAGGUGAAGCACUUCUGUCCCAAUACACCCAUUAUCCUGGCUCUGAACAAGAAGGAUCAUCGAAAUGAUGAGCGCACCAGGCCAGAACUGGACAAGAUGAAGCAAGAGCCAGAGAAACCUGAAGAAGGAAGAGAUAUGACAAAUCAGAUGGGUGCAUUUGGUUAUAUGGAGUGUUCAGCAAAGACCAAAGUUGGUGUAAGGGAGGUUUUUGAAAUGGCCAAAAAAGUGGCUUUGCAAGCCAGAAGUACAAAGAAAAUAUCUGGGUGCCUUGUCUUGUAA